UUACUUACUCCAACUCAUCUUGCAAUAGUCAUGGAAUAUGCUGCUGGGGGAGAACUAUUUGAAAGAAUCUGUAGUGCUGGUAGAUUCAGCGAGGACGAGGCAAGAUAUUUCUUUCAGCAAUUGAUUUCUGGAGUCAGCUAUUGCCAUUCAAUGGAAAUUUGCCAUAGAGAUCUUAAGCUGGAAAACACACUUUUAGAUGGAAGCUCAGCACCACGACUCAAAAUCUGCGACUUUGGUUACUCAAAGUCAUCUGUUCUGCACUCUCAGCCAAAAUCUACUGUAGGAACCCCAGCCUAUAUUGCACCGGAGGUCUUGUCAAGAAGAGAAUAUGAUGGGAAGGUUGCAGAUGUUUGGUCUUGUGGGGUGACCUUAUAUGUGAUGCUGGUUGGUGCAUAUCCUUUUGAAGACCCAGAAGACCCAAGAAACUUCAGAAAAACACUUCAGCGAAUUCUUAGCGUCCACUAUUCUAUUCCAGACUAUGUUCGUAUCACUAAAGAGUGUAGGCACCUUUUAUCUCGAAUAUUUGUGGCCAACCCGGAGAAGAGAAUUACCAUACCAGAGAUUAAAAUGCACCCAUGGUUCCUAAAGAACUUGCCAUUAGAAUUUAUGGACGAGGGUGAAGGGGUGUUGCAAAAUGAUGAGAAUGAUUCAUCUCAGAGGAUUGAAGAAAUUCUGUCCAUAAUUCAAGAGGCUCGGAAACAAGGUGAGGGCCCAAGAGUUGGUGAGCAAUUUGUUGGGGGUAGCAUGGACCUUGAUGAUAUCGAUGCAGAUGCUGACAUCGAUGAUAUUGAGACAAGCGGUGAUUUUGUCUGUGCAUUGUGAGUGAUGCUUGCAACCUUGCACUUUGCCCACCAGUUCUCCCCCAAAAGCAGUUUAAGAUAAAGAUGUUCCUUUUCCACCCUUAACGAGAUAGGGAAUCAAACAAAAGCCCUCUACCAUGGUUUUUCAUUUUCCUUUUAUUGGAAGUUGCUUGUCUUGAUCUCUACCCAAGUGGGAAUAAGGGAAUGUUACUGAUUUCUUGCUUUAAUGCUUUCUCACUUGCCCAAAAAAUCAGCAUUGUAAGAUAUGUUCUUCUAAUAUAAUA